UAAAACAGGCAAGCCGUUAGCACCUGUUUGUAAAAUGGCGGAAGAUGAGCAGCGGCUACUGUGCGAGGCGGCGACGAACGGAGAUACUGAGAAAGUGCAAACCCUAAUCGCUUCCGGAGCUGACGUUUCCUACUUCGACCAUGACGGUUUCACACCUCUUAUGCUCGCUGCCAAACACGGACACGCCGAUGUCGUAAAAACCCUGCUCGACGCAGGUGCUCCAUGGAACGCCCUCUCUCCUACCAAUCUCUCCGCCGGAGACUUCGCCAUGGAUUCCGGUCACCAAGAUGCCUUUGACAUACUGCUUAAUACGGGGAUACAAGCUGAAUUGAUACUUGGUACAAUUGCAAGAAAAGAAAACAAAAUUGGUGAUUUGGAUGGAGACUACUUAGAGGACAGAGUUAGUUUCAGUGAAGAUAAGCUCAUGGAUGCCAAUAGCAAAGCUGUAAUGAUGGCUUGGGAGAAACCAUUAAUGGAAGCUCACGCAAAAGCCAUCUGCUCAAGAGGUGGUCACAUUCUAAACAUAGGAUUCGGAAUGGGUCUUGUGGAUACAGCUAUACAACAGUAUUCACCUGCUACACACACCAUUGUUGAAGCUCAUCCUGAAGUUUAUGAACGGAUGCGUCUUUCUGGUUGGACUGAAAAGGAAAAUGUGAAAGUAGUAUUUGGGAAAUGGCAGGAUGUUGUUCAUCAACUUGAUUCUUAUGAUGGUAUCUUCUUUGAUACAUAUGGAGAAUACUAUGAAGAUCUAAGAGAAUUCCAUCAACAUCUUCCUUCUUUAUUGAAGCCUGAAGGGAUUUAUUCAUUCUUCAAUGGACUUUGUGGAGGUAAUGCUUUCUUUCAUGUUGUUUAUUGUCAGUUAGUAUCAUUAGAACUUGAGAGUUUGGGUUAUUCAACACAACUUAUACCCUUACCUGUUAAAGAUUGUUUGGGAGAAGAAGUAUGGGAGGGUGUGAAACAUAAAUAUUGGCAGUUGGAUACUUAUUAUCUUCCUGUUUGCGAAUCUUUGGAAGAAUCUGAAUGAUAUGUAUGUACUUCUGGAGUUGUUUUUGUUGAAUUAGUAUCAAUUUUGAGUUAUUGUAA